AUUUGGGUGUAGUUUAUAUGAUCUUCAAUCCCUAUCAUGUCUCAAGUUAACAAUACACCUAUAUUCUCCACCGCUGAUGUUGUUGAUUUCAGAAUGUUAGUGACCUCUACUCGAUCUUCUUCCAACUGCUUUCCAUACAAGUGUUUAAAUUAGUUCCAGCUUUAAAAAAAAUAGCUUCACGGUAGCUACAUUGCACUCCAUCUUUUUUGGAGUUGUUGGAUUGUAUUGAUGGAUUAUAAGGUAGUGUCUUAGGUUUAGAUUGGCCAUGGAAGAAGUAGGGAUGCUCUUGAGCUCAUCUCCAGGGCUAGUUUUGAUUAAUGUUCUUUCACUUGUGUUGGCUUUCUCUUGAGAUUUUCUAGACCGGGUCCCUUCAACAAUAAUCGAGUUUAGAUUGGGAGAGGGUAAUAACCUUGCAGCUGAAAUUACCAGGUCAGCCUAAGUGGACAACCAAUCUCAACUGAAAUUGAAUGAUUAAAAAAUUGACAACUUGGAAGAUUGUUGAAUCUAUCUCUGUAAAAGAAGAUAUUUAUUAUUUAUUAAUGUGUGUGUGUGUGUAAUCUCUGCACUAUUUGAUCAAAAGUAAUAAGAAAGUUUCAAACUCAUUUUCUAAUUAUAAAACAUCGUUGACAAUUUCUUUGUGUAGUCUCUUUCUGGUAUGUUUUGUUUACUCGUUAGAUCACUGUCCUUACGAAGUUUCUGCUCCCAUCAGCAUUUUUUAUGGACACAACGAUGUCUGAACGAACCAAAACGCUUCUACUUUUCCUUGGUGUUGAACAAGUUUCCGGGCAUUCUUUUAUGAUUUCUUCCUUCUGUCAAACGUGUUUUUUUUGUUUAUUCGUCUGGUGACUUGAUCAUAACUUAUAACAGUUUCCUUGACCAAACUUUUUAUCUUGUGAGAUAUGACUUGAUCAUUGUGCUACAGCAGAAUAAAGUUUCCUCUGUCUUCCUUUUCUAGGUAUCCUGAUGAAUUCAAAAACAUGCGGUUCAGUAUUCCUGGUGGCAUUUUGUUGUCUUCUCCUUCAGUCAGCUGAUUCAAGAACUGAUCUUUCAGAAGUAACUGCUUUAAGGGUGAUCAAAAGGAGUCUAAUUGAUCCUAUGAGAAAUUUAAGCAACUGGGAAAAGGGUGACCCAUGUAAUUCAAACUGGACUGGCAUAACAUGCUUCGAGAGAUCACAUGAUGAUGGUCACUUUCACGUCCGGGAGCUCCAAUUGAUGAGGCUGAAUUUAUCUGGAGAGCUGGCUCCUGAAGUUGGCCAGUUAUCUUAUCUCGAAAUCCUUAAUGUGAUGUGGAACAACAUAACUGGGCGUAUUCCUUUGGAGAUAGGAAAAAUUUCUUCUUUGAAACUCCUACUGCUGAAUGGGAACAAACUCACGGGUAGUUUACCCCCUGAACUUGGCAACCUUCGAAAUUUAAACAGGCUUCAAGUAGAUGAGAACAACAUAACAGGUUCAGUUCCACCUGCAUUUGGAAACAUGACAAGCAUAAAACAUCUCCACUUAAAUAACAACACGUUAACCGGAGAAAUUCCAGUGGAGCUAUCCAAACUGAACAACCUCGCUCACCUGAUACUGGACAAUAAUAACUUGACUGGGUCUUUGCCGCAAGAGUUAGCUCGACUCCCAUCCUUUACCAUACUUCAGAUGGAUAACAACAACUUCGACGGUUCUGAGAUUCCAGAGGCUUAUGGAAGGUUUUCUAGAUUAGUAAGAUUAAGUUUAAGGAACUGUGGACUACAAGGAUCAAUUCCUGAUCUAAGCAGUAUAAAAAAUCUUAGCUUUUUAGACCUGAGCUGGAACAAUCUCACAGGGACUAUACCAGAAUCUAAGCUUUCUGAUAAUAUGACAACAAUUGAACUAUCUUAUAACAACCUCACUGGAUCUAUACCACAAAGUUUCUCGGAACUGUAUUCUCUUCAAUUACUUUCACUUGAGAACAACAGUUUAUCUGGUUCCGUCCCAACAGCAAUUUGGGAGAACAAGUCUUUCGAGAAUAACAAACUGCAAGUUGAUCUCAGGAACAAUAACUUCUCUGAUACCACAGGAAACCUGAGAACACCAGACAAUGUUACCCUAUAUCUUCGUGGCAACCCAAUAUGCAAAAGUACAAGCAUUCCCAUCGUUAAACAACUCUUCGAAUAUAUCUGCGGCGAGAAAAAGCAAACAUCUACCAAAUCAGAACACACACCAUGCAACAAUGCGUCAUGUCCCUAUGAGAAGGUGCCAGUUUCCCUAGGACUCUGCUUUUGUGCAGCGCCUCUUUUGAUCGAUUAUAGGCUAAAGAGCCGUAGCUUCUUCUUCUUCACUCCAUAUAUUGAACACCAAUUCAUGGAGUAUAUAACCACGUCACUCCAGCUGCAAACUCAUCAACUAGCGAUUGAUAGAGUUGUUGAUGAGAACAAGCAGCGUCUACGGAUGAACAUCAAGCUAAUUCCCAAAGGCAAAACAAUAUUUAACGUUAGCGAAGUCAUACGUAUCAGGGGAAGGUUUACUUCAUGGACUUUUCCUCGUAAUGACUUUUUUGGACCUUAUGAGCUACUAGACUUCCCUCUCGAAGGACCAUAUGCUGAUUUGCUAGCUGGAGAGAGUGGGAUCAGCACCGUUGGAUGGGUGAUGAUAGUGGCAGCCUCCAUCGUUGCUGCAACUGUUAUUUCAGUGAGCGCAACACUUCUAUAUGUGAAGAAACGUCAUGGGAAUCUGCAUGCACUCACCAGAAAACGUGUUUCCAGAUCAAUAUCUCGGGAAAUCGAAGGGGUGAAGAAGUUCAGUUUUAUAGAACUGUCGGAUGCAACUAAUGGCUUUGAUAGCUCUGCAGUGAUCGGUAGAGGUAGCUAUGGAAAAGUAUACAAAGGCAUUUUGCCAAAUAAAACAGUAGUUGCCAUCAAACGAGGAGAAGAAACUUCUCUGCAGAGCGAGAAAGAGUUUCUGAAUGAGAUUGAUCUGCUUUCGAGGUUACAUCACCGGAAUCUUGUGUCACUGGUUGGCUACAGUAGUGACAUUGGGGAACAAAUGCUGGUGUAUGAGUAUAUGCCUAAUGGCAAUGUGCGUGAUUGGCUUUCAGCUAAUGCUACGGAAACAUUGAGCUUUAACAUGAGGGCACAAGUGGCUUUAGGUUCAGCUAAAGGGAUCCUUUACCUUCAUGCUGAAGCAAAUCCACCUGUUAUUCACCGCGAUAUCAAAACCAGCAACAUACUUUUGGACAGUCAGCUUCAUGCUAAAGUUGCUGAUUUUGGAUUGUCACGGCUGGCUCCAAAUUUUGGGGAGGGAGAUUGUGAGCCGGCCCAUGUAUCAACCGUAGUGAGAGGAACACCGGGAUAUCUGGAUCCAGAGUACUUCAUGACUCGGCAACUGACGGUAAAGAGUGACGUGUACAGUUUCGGAGUGGUGUUGCUUGAGCUCUUGACUGGAAUGCACCCAUUCUUUGAGGGUACACAUAUUAUCCGUGAGGUGAGGAUGGCAAAUGAAUGUGGAACGAUUCAGUCAAUGGCGGAUAGUCGGAUGGGACAAAGUUCGCCAGAUAAAGUGAUGAAGCUGGCGGGAUUGGCGUUAUGGUGUUGUGAGGAUAGACCAGAGAUGAGACCGUCGAUGUCAAAAGUUGUGAAGGAACUCGAAAGCAUUUGCCAAUCUGUGAAGGAGACCGAUAUGUUCUCAGAAACAACGACGUUACUCUACACCAAAACAUCGUCGUCGUCGUCAUCGUCUCCUGUGCCUUCAUCUUUAACUGGAAGUAACUUGGACAGUGGCUUUUUCGAAUCUGUAAAACCGCGUUGACAUACCUUUGUUGUGACUCUGAGAUAGGCUAACUGAUGCUAGUGCAAAAACCCAUGACUAAUAAUGAGAUUUGUGUUAAUAUGGAGCUUAAAUGAACAUGUGUUGACAUGGAAAUUUCGCUAUAUAGUCCAGAUGUUUUUGGUGGAA